AUGGUUAUUAACCAAAUCAAUUAUGAAAGCAAGAACCAUUACAAGAGCUUUGAGAAGAUGCAGAGAAAUUCCCCUUUACUGCAAAGUGCCAAAUACCAGUACCUGGCUGGAAUGCCUCCCCAAGAGAAGAAACUGUUGACAGUGGGGAUCUUGUCAAUGCAGCGUCCUAAACCUUUGAAGAACUACCUCCCGAGCACCCUGGAAUCCCUGUUCCAAUCUCCCUCAGAGCCACAGAUGGAGCAGGUUGUGGUACUGGUCCAUCUGGUCCCACUUGACCCUCAAUGGCUCAGGAAAAUGGUCAUUGAUGUUAAAGGCCUCUUCAGAAAACAGAUUGAUGCCCACAAGUUGCUCCUCAUCCAGGGUCAGCUCAAAGGCCCUCAUCUCCUAACAGACCUGACUAACACAUCCUGUGAAGCAAUUUACUCCAGGCAGAACAGCGCGUAUGCUUUACUCAUGAACUUUGCUGCCAACCUCUCUGACCAUUUUCUGAUACUAGAAGAUAACGUUCACUGUGACUCCAAAUUUGUUCCUAGUGUCAUCUGGACACUAGCAGCCUGGAGAGAACUGCCCUGGGUGAUGCUGGAGUUCUCCAGUUUUUAUAUAUCAGGCAAAGUCUUUCACACAAGUGACCUCCAGGACCUGUCAUCCUUCUUCCUCCUGUUUCAUACGGACACACCCAUUUAUUUGCUUCUCUCAAGCUUUCUGCUUCUGGUGGGUCAGACAGCUCCAAUAAGCAUCAGUUCCAGUCUUAUCUUAUCUUUUCAGAGUUAUUAUUUGCCUCAGGACGAGUGUUACCAAAAGGAUGAAAGCUAUGAAGGUUAUUUUAGAAAACCCAAUAAUCCUCCUGCAAAGAUUUACACUAACAUGCAGAGGAAACACUCCCACGUUGCCCAGAAUGCCUAUUUUCUGAACGAAAGUUACUUUGAGACCCAUUUCCCCCAGCCAGGAAGCACGUACACUUUGGUUUUUGAUCAGCCGCACAAGGUGAUCCGGAUACAGAUCCUGACAGGGCUUGGUACUAUAUCACUGUAUCAGCUUCAAAGCGGACAGGUGCUACUGGGCUAUGAUCCUAUGGAGGAAAAAGGCUGUUCCCGAUACAGCCUGCUGGGGCCGCUCGUGAGGGGGGAGUUCGAUCAGUUGAUCCUUCCGGGAGGAGAUUCAGAGGAGGAUGUGAGAUGCGUACAGCUGCUGGUAAUCGCCUCUGGGGACCAUAAACUGGUAAUCAGACAGCUCAACAUCUGGACCUCAGAGGAAUACCAAUAAAACCGACGGUGUGGUGUGUCUUCUGAAAGGAUGGGACCUGGGAAUGGUCUCACUGGACAAAAGGAAUUAAAGUUUUGA